CUUUGAGGUUCUCACACACGAGCAUGCCUCGCUGGCCUUUACCGUAGAAUACAAGCACCCGCGCUGGGCUGCGCUUCUACAACUCAAUUCGCCAUGGUGUCAUUCUGGCCCUGGAAGGCUGGCGAAGACGCUGCCUCUUUCGAGAGGACACUGAAUGCUCUCACCGGAAAGAUCAAUAGAGCCACUACAAGAAAUGAAAGACAACGUCAGCUUUCAAGACGCGCUCGCGUCAUGUGGACAUUAUAUGCGGGCUUCGCAUAUAUCCUGGCUGCCUUGCUGCUCACUCUUGUGACCGGCUGGAGGAACUGGGGUGUCAUCGAGGGAACCGUUGUCGCUGGUGGACCUGUGAUCAUCUAUGGGAUCCGUUACGCACUUACGAGCUACUUCGACUACCGCAUUUCAAACACCGACCUCUACCUCAAGAAGCUCAACAAGGAACGAGACGCUACCAUUGAGAGACUGAAGGAAGCCACCAAGUACAACUCGACCCAGCAACUACUCGAGAAAUAUGGUGCUUCACCAAAGCAGAAAGAAGCAGACCCCUCACCUGGGCGCAAGAAGUCGCAAGGCCCUCAGAAGCCAGGCCAGCCUCAGGGACCGCGGACCGGCAUUGCACCUCCACCUACAGCCAAUAUCCAGCGAUCUCCUGGCCAACAACCACCUUCUACCCCGCAGCGACCACCUUCAAAUGUCUCCUCGCCACACAGGCCCUCCCCACCUCAGCAACUUUCCCCUCCAAUUGCCCCAGACGCCGAAUUCGCACCAAACGCGUUCGGUUCCGCCGACCUAACAAAACAGUACUCAGCCGCCCCCGCAGCCACCUUCACCCAACCACACUGGUACGACCGCAUCCUCGACGCACUCCUUGGCGAAGACGAAACACAACCGAAAAACCGACUCGCUCUAAUCUGUUCCUCGUGCCGCCUCGUCAAUGGCCAAGCACCACCCGGCGCCCACAACCUCGAGGAUGUGGGACGAUGGCGAUGUGGGGGUUGUAGUGCGUGGAAUGGAAAGGAGAAGCAGAGUGAGGAUGUUGCAGGCCUGGUCAAGGGAUGGGAAACAGAGAGGAAAGCGAGGGAUGAGGAGUUGAGAGCGAGUCUGGAUGGAGGCAUUGACUCGGACAACAGGGAGACGGAAGACGAUGGCGGUGUGAUAGUGGGUGCGGACGAGAGCUCAGGAGUGGAUGUAGCGGCCGAGUCGGCAGAAGAUACGCCGCAGCCCAGCAAGAGCACGAGGAGCAAGACGAAGGCAAAGGGCAAGAAAUGAGGCUGAAAUGGACUCGUACGCUUAGAAUUCGAAUGAUGUAGAUGGAGGUCUGACGAAACGCAUUAUCGGAUAGGAGUUGAAUAGCAUUACCCAAUAUCCAGAUUCUGUUACAAAUUAUAUACGUCCACGCUGUUGAACGCAAGACUCAUCGCAGAGUCACAAAAUGCACUGAAUCUAUUCAGGCCUCGGUAUACCUGCGUUCAGCACGCUUUUGAUCGUCCAUCCAUGACACUCGCAAGUCGUCCAUUUGUACACUUAGCCUCUCCUCCCUCUUCCUUUUUCCCUCUUUCCUCUUUCCCUACUUUAUCGACUC